CGAAUUCCGCCAUGCGUCUGGCAGUUACCGCGGCAACAAUUCUCCUGCUCGGCUUCUUCUGCGAUGGAGGAGCUGAAGGCAAAGCCGUCGCCAAGCGCCAUGUACGUCGAGACUGGCUGAUUAUUCCUGACACAUUGGCUUUUUACGUCUAUACGGCUGUGAAUAAUGUAUCUCCGGAAGCCGGGAAGGUUCUCAUGGAUAUAUUUGAAACACCACUAGUGCAGGACACACGGGGCUUCCUGAUACAGACGACGUCCAGUCUUACCGUGAAAGCAGAAGAAUAUUACCAGAAAGUCACAGACUUUCUACAGGAUAUAAAGGCCAAGGAAGACAACUAAUUUCCUCACGGGUCAGCGAAUCGUCGCUCAUAUUUCAAAAUUAUAAUAAAUUCAAUGUAUUGAACAAUUUUUGAAGGGGGAGGGGCGUAAAACCCCCCAGAAAAUAUAGACUGAUGUUUUAGAGACAGAGGCCCCACCUGCCGUCACCUCACACAUUACCGCUGUAACUUAAUGACACAACUGUGAUUCUUAUUGAUGGGGGGAAUUCUGCGCUUAUUGUAUCUGUGAGACAAUCUAUUCGGUGUAAUAAAAUAAUCAGUGUAUUA